AUGCUGGACUCUCUCAAGCACUCGAAGCAGAGCGAAGAUGCGCCGCCUCAAUAUGAGAAGAGUCUGCGACACAUGUCGUCCAACCAAGCCGAGGCUGAGGUAGGCCAAGCUACAGUCCCCGUCGCGCCUGGAGCUGGACUUUCGAUUGGCAAUAUUCUCAAGGGCCAAUCUGCGCACGAUCUCACGCCCUUCGAGAAGAAAGCGGCUUUAAUCAAUGCCGAACUCGACAAAUUCGGUAUGGGCAGGUACCAAUGGUGCAUUUGGUUCCUGUGCGGCUUUGGCUACUUCUUGGAUCUGGCUUGGUCGCAGGGUGUUGGUCUGAUUGCUUCAGCCAUCUACCAGGAAAUGGGUGUGUCUGAUCAGGACACAGCAAUCAUUNUUUCGUGUGCCAACGCAGGCCUGGCUGUUGGUGCUUUCACGUUUGGCAUCCUGGUCGAUGUCAUUGGCCGUCGUUGGGCCUUCAAUCUCACAUGUCUGAUCACUUCGGUCUUCGGUCUUAUAUUGGACAACUACGGCGCCAUUUGCGCUAUCUACUUCCUUGCGUCGCUAGGUCUCGGCGGAAACAUCCCUAUUGACGCCACCAUCGCUCUCGAAUUCCUCCCUCAAAACCGCCGCUUCCUUGUCUCUCUCCUGUCCUUGUGGCAGCCUAUCGGUGUUGUGUUUGCAACCGGCGUCGCCUAUGGCACUGCAGCACAACCCAAGUGGCGUUGCGACGCAAAACUCCCUGCUUGUGGUACUGGCCAAAGACCUUGUUGUACCGAAGACAGCAAUAUGGGAUGGAGAUACACGCUCAUCAUCCUCGGAGGCUCUACCUUGGUUGUCUUCUUCUUGCGCUACUUUGUCUUUACCUUCCAGGAGUCGCCUAAAUUCCUCGUUAGCAGAGGAAGAGAGGUCGAGGCCAUUGAAGUCCUGCACAAGAUCGCCAAGUUCAACAGAGCUCCUCCCCCAGUCUUGACUGUUGCCCAUCUCGCCGCUGUUGACGAGACCUCUUCAUUGUCUACUGACGAGGUUGAAGUCUCUGGUCAGCCUCUCGGCACCAUGGAAACACUCAAGCGUGUGCUCAGGAACACUGCCAACAGUUUCAAGCAUCUCAAAGCUCUUUUCACCAACAAGCUGCAGGUUUUCAUUUUCGUGCUUCUGGCCAUCGCCUAUAUGGGUGAUUACUGGUCCUUCAAUCUUGCCAGUCAGUACUUGCCUUUGAUUCUUCUCCGAAACGAAGUCACCACGUCUGGUUCCGUCACUGAGACUUACCUACACUACAUUGCCAUCUACACGCCUGGCAUUCUCGGUGCUAUCAUUGCCAUGGCAUCCGUCCAAUUGCCUCUUGUCGGCAGAAAAUACUCGCUUGUUUUCUCUGCUCUGUGCCAAGGGGUUGCAAUGGCCAUGUAUACUCAAGUCACCAACGUCCCUGCCUACGUCGGUCUCAACGCACUCGAGUACAUUAUGCAGACUGUAAGUUUCAUGAACAAACAUACCGACUCGCAUCAUGAGCUGAUUAUAUUCAAUAGUNACUUCAACGCCGUCCUGUAUGCGUCUGCCCCUGAGCUGUUCGACACUGCCUAUCGUGGAAGUGCCAGCGGUAUGCUGUCUUGCUUGGGCCGUAUCGCCGGUAUAGUUGCGCCUUUCGCUGGAGGAAGUCUGCUUGCCAGCAAAAGCUCUGGUAUUCUCUGGCUUGGUGCUGGUGGCAUUUGGGUCUCCGCAGUCACCAUGAUCUUCCUUCCUGUCGAGAUGAGGGAUCGCCAGAUGUUCUAG